CCAGGAGCAGCUGCUUCAUGCCUCUGCUCAGAGCUUUGACUACAAUUCAACCAGGGAGAGAUCAUGCACUGGGUGGCUUUGGUUUUCUAUGUGUUGCUUCUGUGGAUCCCUCCAGGAGAAAAUUCCUGCAAGAAGGAUAAAGCAUGCUGGAAACCCCGAGACUUUCUGGGGGACAAAAUGGAACAUUUAGUGGUGGCUGACAACUUCAACAGUGCCAUCACAACGAAGCACUACUUGAACAACGGAAAAGGCUGCAUCAUUUUUUUGCAGAAAAAUGCUACAAGACGCAUCAAAGGACCAAGGAGCUGGCCAAGGGAGUGGCCUCAACUAGAGGAAAAGAAUGGCAUUCUUCUACUGUACAUAACAAAAUGGCAUGUGGACAAGGAACUUACUCUAACCGUCCUGAAAGGAAAGUGCAAAAACUACACGAAAGAUGAAUGCCCCCCUCCUAACCCAAUACACACAGAAUCCUGCCAGAUUACAUGUUUGCAGACAGGUACAGUUUGUGAUCAGGCAUCUUUUAACGAGAGCUUCUGCAGAGAAAAAACUCCAAGUGUCACAGACAAGUACAUCAUCAACGUAACAGAAACAAACACGCAGUGCAUCAACUGUGAUAAUCCAGUGGAAAGUCCAGAGGAGGAACUUGGUCCUGAAGAGCUCAAUGAUUAUGGUUUAACAGUUGAUUAUUCAGAAGGAAAAGAUCUGGAUCCUGUUCAAGCUAGUAACGUCAUGAAGAAAAUGGAAGACUUUGCCACCAAAAUCAAUACAUCCUCAGCUGCUCUAAAUAUGGGAGAAGGAGUUAAGGGGCUAUUGGUGAGAGCAACAGACCCUGAAGAUGUGGACGAAGUCUCCAUGGGGUUUGGAUCUACAAACGGCAUGAGUAUUGUAGACGACAACAAUACUCUGCUCCAGUUUCCCAGAUCUGUCACGGUGCCAAAAGAAGCGUUUGAUCAAGCUGUUCACGCAAACAUCAGUGUACCUUUUGUAGCUCUGUUCAGAUUUAUCAAUAUGACCAAGGAUGAGAAAAACAGCAUCGUUUUAGAAAAUGAGGUUUUAGCCGUGGAAAUGGGAUCAAAAAUCUCAAAUCUCACUGAAAAAAUAAGUCUCAGUUUUCGGAAUGUGAAACAUGAAGGUAUUCCAUCUUGUCAGUCAUGGGAUGGUGAAGGAAGCCGACCAGUCUGGACUGGUGACGGAUGUGUGACUGUAAAGGAUGGAGACGACAUCACAUGCCAGUGUUCCCAUUUAACAUUCUUUGCUAUAUUACUGACUCCUCUGAAUGAAACUAUCUCCAGCUCAGACCUGAAGAACCUCACCAUCAUCACACAAGUGGGGUGCAGCGUGUCAAUGUUGUCCCUCGGCACUAUCCUCUUCAUGCACUUUCUUAUCAGGAAAUCAAAAGCUGGCACAGCCACAAAGAUUCUCAUCCACCUUGUGUUGGCCAUGUUUUUCCUCAACUUCUCUUUCCUGGUCAACCACCAUGUUGCAAAACUGAAGAGCUCUGUUGGUUGCAUGAUCAUGGCAGCUGUCAUGCAUUAUUUCAUGUUGGCAACUUUCACCUGGUUUGCAGUGCAGGCCUUCCACCUUUGUCUGCAGCUGUACUCAGGGGGCAAAGUUGGAAUCCAGCACUAUAUAACCAAAGUCUGCGUCAUCAGCUGGGUCCUGCCAGGUAUAAUUGGGGUUGCUCUGCUCAUCACAAGAAAAUAUGGUGAACAAAUCAUCUACACUACAAACCCUGAGGACAAUGUCGCCAUGUGCUGGAUAACUGACAGUGUUGUCCACUACAUUGUCAACAUCGGCUACUACGCUGUGGUCUUCCUCUUCACCUUCACCACCUUCAUCAUCAUACUUUCCUGGCUUUUUGGUCUCAAGAAAACCAAAGACAUCAACACACAAGCUGGACAGAGUGGCAGAAGCAUCCUAACCAUCCUAGGACUGUGUUGCAUGCUGGGUAUCACCUGGGGUUUUGCCUUCUUCGCCUACGGACCCCUCCUGAUCCCCUCGUACUACGUUUUCACAGUUCUUAAUUCAUUCCAAGGUUUUUUCCUGUUCAUCUAUUACUACAACACCAGCCACUUAGGGGACAUAAGCAGUGGUGCAAGAGGAUUUAACAACUCAGCCAGCACCAGCAGCAUCAACACUCUGAACACCACAGACAGCAAUGAGAACCCUUACUCAAAUGUACCAGUCAAAAAAAACCCCUCAGAGGUUACAUGUACAAAAAGAUGAUGUAAAAAAAGUCAUGAAAAAGCCACUGAUAUAGGUAAAAG